CCACCUACCACGCAAGUUUGGUAUUCUUGUCUAGUAGGCACCGUCCAUCCUAAUGCAACCCAUCCUGCUCAAGGGACACUCGCGGUCCAUCACCAUGAUCAAGCACAACCGAGAAGGUGACCUCCUUGUCACGUGCGCAAAGGACCAUGUGCCUUCCCUCUGGUACUCACACAACGGCGAGCGCAUUGGCACGUUCCACGGCCACACAGGUGCAGUCUGGGCUUGCGACAUCUCGUACAACUCGGAAUUCUUGCUGACUGCGGCCGCCGAUGCGUCCGUCAAGCUUUGGGACUUGCAAACGGGCAAGGAACUCUUCAGCUUCACACACACUGGAUCGGCACGUAGUGUCAACUUCAGCCUUGGCGACAAAUCGUUUGUGUCGGUUGCUGACCAGUUCGGAGAUCACCCCCCCACUGUCUUCGUCUAUGAUUUGGCACAAAACGGAGAGAAACAAUCCAGCCAACCUCGCCUGGCCAUCACGAAGCACGGCCACCAAGGUCGUGUCACUGGAGCGUACUGGACGUCGUUAAACGACGGUAUUAUCACCACUGGCGAAGACGGCUACGUCAAGCUGUUCAACCCGGAGACCGGCGCGUUGAUCACGGAAGCGAAGGUUCACAACGGCGUGAUCACCAACUUGGCAUUUAAUAAAACCAAGACUCUCGGCAUUACGUCGUCGAAGGACAACACGGCUAAGUUGAUUGACCUCGAAACAUUCGAGGUGCUCAAGACGUACGAAACCGAUCGACCGGUGAACUCGGCCAGCAUUUCGCCGAUCAAGGAGCAUGUCGUGUUGGGCGGUGGCCAAGAAGCCAUGUCUGUGACGAUCACAGCUGGGCGUGCCGGCAAGUUUGAAGCGCGUUUCUUCCACCAGGUGUUCGAAGAAGAGUUUGCGCGUGUGAAGGGCCACUUCGGCCCGAUCAACUCGAUUACGUUUCAUCCUGACGGCAAGAGCUACACCAGCGGGGCCGAAGAUGGUUACGUCAGAAUACAUCAUUUCGACCAAGACUAUUUGACCCGGGAAGACUAAACGCGGAAAACAAUAGCAUGCACACCCACACUUCAAACUUUCGAUCGGAACGGCCCCCAUUUUUCAUCCCCCGCUGGUAGUAGAUGGCAAUGACGACAAGGGAACUCAAUACAAGUUGUUGCAUUAUGCCGUGUUGGCCUCCGCCGCUCCAUGGGGCGCCCAUAUCUCGGUCGUUGCUUUGAUACCUCUGCUUUCGGUUUUCAAUUGUUUAUCCAAUCAAAUAACAGAGAAUAUUACUUUUCCAC